AUGGAUGACUCGUAUUUAGACGUCACAGCCGACUAUGUAGACGAGUGUAAAAUAACGCAAAUGAAUUAUCAUUCAUUCACUCCGUACUCAAACAUGUCUUUAUCAAAUAACGAUGAAAUCAGGAUAAGUGUUUUGAAUAUGGACUCGUACACUUUACCGUGCGAAAGCUAUAUUUACAUCGAGGGUAAAGUGAACAAACCUGCCGAUGCUGUUGGAGAAGUACGUUUUUCAAAUAAUGGAUUGGCAUUUUUAUUCUCUGAAAUGCGAUAUGAAAUAAACGGAAUAGAAAUACAGAAAUUAAAAUUACCUGGAGUUUCGUCUUGUUUGAAAGCAUACUGUUCAUAUACUCCAAACGACUUGAAUGCACUAGAAAACGCGGCCUGGGAUUCAGCGAUGGAUAGCGAAGACAAUAAAAAUUUUAUGUCCAACGAUGUAUUUACCGGGUGUAUACCUCUAAAACAUUUAUUCGGAUUUUGUGAAGACUAUAAAAAAAUAUUACUUAAUUGUAAUCAGCAACUGAUUUUAAAUCGCGCAUCUAGCGAUCUUGAUGCGAUACACGUUGUUGGUGAGGGUGCUACUGCAACCGUUGAUAAAAAUAAAAAAAUUAAAAUUGAACUUACUAAGGUGACUUGGAAGAUGCCUAUUAUCAAAGUCAGUGAUAAAGAAAAAUUAAGACUGAUAAAAGUAAUGGAUUCACAUAGAACACUAUCGUGUGCGUUCAGAACUUGGGACCUGUGCGAAUAUCCGAUACUUCCUAGAAAUACUUCUCAUUCGUGGACGGUAAAGUCUAGUAGCCUGCUAGAAAAACCGAGAUUUGUACUGUUUGGGUUACAAACAGAUCGAAAAAAAAAUAUUGAAAACGAUGCUGGGCGAUUCGAUCACUGUCAACUAAAAAACCUUAAGGUCCACUUAAAUUCUGAAGUGUAUCCGUACGAAGACUUUCGUGCAGAUUUUAAAAAUAAUACAACUAGUAUUUUGUAUAAGGCCUAUACAGACUUUCAAAAAUCGUAUUAUGAGCGAGAUUAUUGCGAGCCAUUAUUAUCAAAACACAUUUUUCAAAACUACGUUCCAAUCGUCGUAGUUGAUUUAUCACGUCAAAACGAUAAUGUGAAGUCGUCGACCAUAGAUCUACGUAUUGAAUUUGAAACGGAUACAGUUAUACCAGAAAAAACUGCAGCAUAUUGUUUAAUACUACAUGACCAGAUUAUAACUUACAACCCGUUUAGUGGCGAUGUUAGAAAAUUGUAA